AUGGCAAAACGACAGAAUAAUGCGUCAGAAGACACUCAGAUGAAUGAAAUUAUGAAAGCUCCAGACAUGGAUUUCAUUAAUAUCGAUUUUGAAUUUUUUGACCCUCAGCCUAUUGACUUCCAUGCUUUUAAAAACUUGUUGAAACAGUUGUUGGGCUAUGAUCACACAAACGUAAACAUUAGUGCUCUUUCUGAUUUAAUUUUAAGCCAGCCUUUAUUGGGCUCUACUGUCAAGAUCGAUGGAAACAAUUCCGACCCUUAUGCUAUGCUUUCUGUCAUAAAUUUAAAUAGCAGAAGAGAAGAGCCGGUGAUAAAGGAACUCACUUCUUAUGUGCUUUCUAGAAUUGCAGCGUCCAAUCCAAACAUGGAGAAGCAAGUGCGUGAACUAUUGUCUCCGGAUUCCAAUGCACAGAUUGGUUUGAUUAUCAACGAACGAUUGAUUAACAUGCCCGUUCAAGUAAUUCCUCCUAUGUACAACAUGCUUUUAGAAGAAAUGCAGUGGGCUAUCGAUGCGAAUGAACCGUACAACUUUACUCAUUAUCUAUUGUUGUCAAGAAGUUACGUUGAGGUCGCUUCGAAGCUUGAUGAUGAGGAUGAACGACCCAAGAAGAAAGGCAAAAAAGCAGGAGAACAAGAGCUUUGCUACUUCCAUCCAGAAGAUGAACAGUUUCGUCAAGCUGGACUGGCCGUUGCCGAUUACUCUUUUGCCAACCAGGAUUUCAACCCUGAUAUGAACCGCGUGUUCCAGGAUGCUGGUAUUAAGCCUCAAGGUGAAUCAAUUUUGUUGACUCACGAUGCUUUCAAAUCUUUAGUUCCUCAACUGCUAGAUGUGUAUAAUGCUUAA